GCGGCCAAGACGGAGCGUGUGUUUGAUUUCUUAUGGAAGAUGGGUUGGAUUGAGGCGUCCAACGAUAUUCUUCCCAGUUUAUAAAGAGGAAAGCGUGGUGGUUAGCGCCCUCCCUCGAUUUGCAAGCAAUGGCGCUCUCUUCUUCGGCUAGCUGUGGUAUGGCUUUUGGUGCCAAGGCUGCGGCGCUCGGUGGUUCUGUUCGACGGGGUUCCAGGAUAUGUAGCAGUAGAGGGGGUUUUGGGCUUGCUGGUCUUCGCCAAGGUGGGCGGUCUCUAUUCGGGCCGAGUCUCAAGGAUUUUCUUCCAUCGAAUGGGAGUCGAUUCAUGGCUGCAACUUGGAUCGACAAUUCGGCCCAGGUAGACGUGGAAGUUCCUCUUUCUGUCGCCUGGGAUAUGUGGAGUGACCGGGAGAGGAUUAGUCGCUGGAUGCCUUGGAUUACUUCUGUUAAGGUACUCGAAGAUCAGCCUGAAUUGUCACGCUGGACUCUAAGCACAGACUCCUUGGGUCAGAAAUUCGAGUUCUCUUGGCUGGCACGUAAUUUACAGCCGAUUCACCACCAGAAGAUACACUGGCGUUCGGUAGACGGACUUCCAAACCGAGGUACAGUGCGAUUUUAUCCCCGGGGACCGUCAGCUUGUCGAGUCGAGCUUACAAUCUCGUACGAGCUUCCUGAGGUUAUCGGAAUGGUUGCAUCGGCCCUUUCUCCCCUGGUGGAAGGCAUCUUGAAAGCAGACUUGGAUCGUUUCGCCAAACUCGCUCGCGAAACUGCGCUGGAAGCAAAGAAAGGCUGAAUUGGAGCUCUCACCCCGAUUCGUUUGUUUCGACUUGUAUCGGAGCAUUGAUUAAACAGUGCCUUGUUCUUGUAGAUUGUCAAUGCCGAAAUCAUCGUCUCAAAAACUUCGAGAAUUUCUCGAAGCUACAAA